AUGGCAGGGAUUGAAUCCACGGGACUGCUAGCGAAAUCACGACUCGACUUUUCUCUCAACCUGCAGGGCGAUUUCAAGGACGUGGAGGACAGGAAGCACAGGGCCGUCUAUGAGACGCUCGCCGACUCCGACCAGAAGCUGCAGUACUACUCCGCCCGGCAGAUUGGUUGCCGUCUGCUCGGGAGCAGGGGGUACCUGUGCCAGAAGUGUUGGCUACCAAUGGAAGAUUGUAUGUGCUCAAAACUCGCCCCUUGCAAUUUGUGGAGGGGGAUAAGAUUCUGGCUAUACAUGCAUCCAAAGGACUUCUUGCGGCAAAACAACACUGGAAAGUUACUCUGGCAAGUCUUUGGCAUCCAAGCUGCGUCGUUGUGCCUCUUUGGCAUCCAAGAGCAUGAAGAUAUUAUGUGGGAUGCAUUCCAGCGUUCAGGAAAGGCGAAGGUCUCAUUUCUCUACCCAAACAAGAGUGCAACCCCCAAGUCUGUCAAUGAUCUUAAAUUUGAUGAUUUUACCAUGAAUGCUGGCCUUCAGGAGGGAGGAGUGCAACAUGAACCUCUUAACUUAGUUUUGCUUGAUGGUACCUGGAGUAAUUCUGCUGCAUUAUACAGAAGGCUGAAGGAGAGAUGGGCUGCAAUAUGGGGGGAGGAAGAUAUACCUUGUAUCUCACUGUCUAUGCUGAGCGCCUCGGUGAUGCAUAAACUGCGACCUCAGCCGGCAUGGGAUCGUACCUGCACUGCAGCAGCCGCAGCCGGCCUCCUCUCAGAACUGCACAUGCGGCCUGAGCUCAGCGCGUUUAAACUGGAAGAGCAAGCCGAGGCAGUAGAGUGCUCGCUGGAUAUCUUGCUAGACGCUCUCACCGUGCGACGGGUUCGCCUGGGUCGAUCAAUUACUCGAAAGCAGAGACAUAGAAGAGACUGCAUAUAG